AUGCUGCUCGCAGCUAUCAACUUUUUAGUCACUGCGAUUGGACCGACCACCAUCAACACAUCAUCCGAUCUCCCAAAGCAACAUAGCGCUGAAUUCCUAGCCAAGAAGGCGAAGAUAAUAGAGAAAUAUGGGGAGGAGUAUUACCGCAAAGCUUACGACGUCGCUCCGAGACUCAAAGCCCUGACGAAACUCUACGGCCAUCCCAAGAACUUUGACACAUCCAAGGUCAUCACCAACGUCGCUGAGCACGAGGACUUGCUCGCCGAAUAUGCUGAGCGCCUAGACCUAUCCGUCGCGAGUUGCAUGCGCAGGACAAAUAUGUUGAAACGCGCUUUUGACAGAUUUGACAGUGGCCUGCUGUCUCCUGAAUUUGUGGCUAGGGAGGAUCACAUGACCCAGGUAGCCAUGUACGAGGCUGUUAUGGCGUUAGAUCGCGCGCGGUCGGCUAUGCGCAUGCAGGGUAGGGAAGCUGAUUUUCCAGAGCUCAUAGGGCAGAUCGAUGGCGCGAUUACGCGUGUGGAGAAAACGAAGGGUGAAAAGGGGUUAGGACGGUAG